AGUCGGCGCCUCUCCUCCUCUCCCAUCCACAUGAGAAGUUUGACCGGAGCUGGCUGAAGGGAGGCUACCUGCGUUUCCGACCGGCUGUUUAGUCUUCGGAGCUCAAGCAACCGGCUGACUGUUUGACAGGACAGUAAGGGUUGCAUGCAUCAGUGCCAAGAAAUUGCAUUACGUGGGAGACUUCUGCUUAGGAGACACAGAGACAUUUCUGGAGGAUGGAGGAACGAGCUGAGCAAGGACGCACGCAGGAGAAUGGACGCAGUGACGGCAUGGCCAGAGAGCCACGCUCCUCUCCAUGCACCAGCCUGAAGAUGUUUCUGGUGGCUCUGUCCUUUGCCUAUUUUGCAAAGGCUCUGUCGGGGAGCUACAUGAAGAGCACAAUAACACAGCUGGAGAGGCGCUUUGACAUCCCCAGUUACCUAAUAGGUGUCAUUGACGGGAGCUUCGAGAUAGGUAACCUGUUGGUGAUAGCUUUCGUAAGUUACUUUGGUGCCAAGCUCCAUCGGCCAAAGAUCAUCGCAGUGGGUUGUGUACUGAUGUCCAUUGGCACCUUCAUCAUUGCUUUGCCUCACUUCAUCAUUGGACGCUAUGAAUUUGAAACAUCAGUGCGGUGGGUAGUGAACUCAACACUUAACCCCUCUCCAUGUCCAGUGGGCUCACCAGCUGACCUGACCCAAGACGGUAAACUGCCUGAAGUGCCAGCCACAGGUUGUGAAGGCGACUCUAACCUGUCGAUGUGGAUCUAUGUGCUCCUGGGAAAUGUCCUGCGGGGGAUUGGAGAGACGCCAGUUCAGCCUCUUGGGAUCUCUUACAUAGAUGAUUUUGCUACUGAGGAGAACGCUGCCCUAUAUGUGGGCUGUGUGCAGACCAUUUCGGUGGUUGGCCCUGUGUUUGGCUACCUAUUAGGCUCCCUUUGUGCCAAAAUCUAUGUGGACAUUGGAUUUGUAAAAAUGGAAACCAUCACCAUCACCCCAGCAGAUGCCCGCUGGGUGGGGGCCUGGUGGCUGGGCUACCUCAUAGCCGGGGUCAUCACCUUGCUCUCUGCCAUUCCUUUCUGGUUUCUGCCCCGCUCUCUGCCCAUAUCUGGACCCCGGGGCCCAGAGAAGUGCACACCAGAGCAGACGAGUUUCAUUAAAGACUCUCCCCUUCUGAAUCACAAGUAUCCAGCAGACAAACAUACUAGUUUUACAGAGAUGGCCAAAGAUUUCAUUCCAACCCUGCGGACUCUGCUGGGACACCCAGUUUACUUGAUCUACCUGUGCGUGACAAUCAUCCAGCUGAACUCUCUCAUCGGCAUGGUCACCUACAAACCCAAGUACAUCGAGCAGCACUUCAGGCAGUCUGCCUCAAAGGCCAACUUUCUGAUGGGUGUGAUCAAUAUCCCCGCUGUGGCACUGGGGAUGUUUUCUGGAGGUCUACUGAUGAAGAGGCUGAAGCUGAACAUUAUGGGAGCGGCCAGGUUUGCCUUUGGCACGUCUCUGAUCGGUUACAUUCUAUCAUUGUUCUUCUUCGCAAUGAGCUGCGAGAAUGCCAAGGUAGCCGGGGUGACACUUUCGUACGACAGCAUGGAUACGAUAUCUUAUGAUAAACAUCCAGUGUUCACAACCUGCAACUCAGACUGUUUUUGUUCAGCGAGUGAGUGGGACCCAGUCUGUGGGGAGAAUGGCAUCACGUAUGUUUCUCCCUGUCUUGCUGGCUGCACCAGCUCUGCUGGCUCAGGGAAAAACACAGUCUUCUCUAACUGUAGCUGUGUCGGUGUGGCUGGUAACUUUACGGCCAGUACAGGUCAGUGCCCUCACAAGGACGACUGUGACAGGAUGUUCCCGUACUUCCUGGCUCUCUCUGUCAUCACUUCCUUUAUCAUCUCCCUCGGGGGGACACCAGGCUACAUGCUUCUUAUCAGGUGCAUAAAACCACAGUUGAAAUCUCUGGCCUUGGGUUUCCACGCUCUGGCAACACGUACCCUCGCAGGGAUCCCAGCACCCAUUUACUUUGGAGCAAUCAUUGACACCACAUGUCUAAAAUGGGGUCAGAAGAGGUGUGGAGGCAUAGGAGCCUGUCGAAUCUAUAACACCACUGCAUACAGGAUCGCAUACCUGGGCCUGACUCUGAGCCUGCGGACUAUUUCGUUCAUUAUUUGCAUCCCGGGCUUCAUUCUGCUCAGUCGACAGCUGAAGAAGGAGGAAAGAAAUGCCAUUCAUGGAGCUCUGGCCAACGGCGGAACAGAGCUGGAGGCACUCAGGAAGGAAGAGUUUGUGAUUUCUAAUUGUGACCAACUACAUCAAACAUCAGAUAACAGCACAGACCGGGAGACGCGGCUGUGACAGAUCCAAAAGAAGUGACCCUGUUUGCCCCGCUCUCUCUCUCUCACACACACACACACA